GGACGUGACGUGUUGCGUCACUUCCGGUUCCGUCGCGGGCAGUUUGAAGGCGAUGGCGGGCUUGAUGUAUCCAUUGUCAGGUGGCGCGGUCGGGCUGGAUUCAUCUUUGUCGCUGCUGGAGGCGAGCGUCGCGCGGGAGGCGUCGACGGUGGAGCGGCCGAGGGGAAAGGAGGCGGAAGAGGAGAACGAUGAGAACCUGCCCAUGGUGUUCCUGUGCGGUGGCUGCAAGCGGCCCGUUGGUGACACGCUGAGCUGGGUGGCCAACGACGAGGAGACGGAGUGUAUUCUCCUGCGCGGUGCCUCCAGCAACGUCUCGGUGGACAAGGAGCAGAAGCUGUCCAAGCGGCCUGGAGAGUGUGGAUGCAUGGUUGAGACGUUUUUCUGCUCUGGCUGCUCAAUGACACUUGGCAGUAUCUACAGAUGCACCCCAAAGCAUCUCGACUACAAGAGAGAUUUGUUUUGCUUCAACAUUAACGCAAUUGAAAGUUACAUUCUAGGAUCCUCAGAAAAGCAGGCUGUUACUGAUGAGGAACCUUUAACUCUUGAAAGUCGAGCUGCCUUGGAAGAAGCACUAAAAAGGGCGAACACUGUACUAAAGGCUCUGGAGGCAAGACUAGCUACUGUUGAAACAAGAAUUGAUUCUCUUCACAGUAAUGCUUGAAAGAAAAUUUCUGCAUGUAAAAUAACUGCUGGAGAUUAAUGUAUGUGAAACUCUGGAAUCUGUGGGAAUAUUUUAAAAGCUGCACGAAGAACUGGAAGAUGUGGGCGGCUUGUGCUGCAGUAGGACAAUGCCAGCUACUGAGUCUUUGUCACAGAUGAGUUCCCAUUUUGUCUUAAAAGAAUACCCUGGGAAGAAAAAGACUUCUAAAAAAAUAAUGUUUCUGUAGACUUCUUGUUUACAUGUAAAUAUUUAAAUUUUUUACCUUGGAAAGCAAAGCAUUUGUCUCCUGGUUGCCCUGCACUCCAGUAUCUGCUGAACUGAGUUUGUAUCUCUUUCGUAAACCAGUUAGGGGGGAAAACACUUCACCCCGUGACUUCUGAUGAAGGAGCAAAAUACGUCGCUUUCUUGUCCCCACAGCCGUUGUUUGAGCUGUCUUGGACAGAAAUGUCACAGUAACUUUUUUUUUUUUUUUUUGCAAACUCAAGGCUAAAAUGAAAUAACUGUAAAGAAGGCUUCAAAAGCAUCAGCUGAAAUGGCUUUCUGUGCAAUAUUGAGUGUCAUGUAUGUAACAGCCUCAAGGAGAGAAAAAUAAACAAGGCUAGUAGCAGCACACCUUUUAAUCAAAGUUACAUGCAUAUUUGAACAAAGAAUUCCAUGCUAAUUAGGAAACUUCUGUCAAUAUUUUGUUGUUAACAUGUAGAUCUUCCUGUUACUUUGAUCUUCUAUAUUUAACUGUUAGGGUUUACUGUAUGUUUGUCUUCCAAGUGUAGUCUUUUUCCCUAAUAAAUCAAAGCAAGUUGUAAUUGUGUAAGGGAUAAAUCUUUUUGAUUUCUGUUUAUUUACAUUCCAUUGCCCCAUGCUAUUUAAUUGUAUUACUGCUAAUUUUCAAGUAGUCUCCAGAAACUUGGAAUGAAUUUCCUCACUGCUCUCCUUACUGAUAAUUAAACUUUCUCUUGAGAGCUCUCUUAUUUUCCACUGCACCCUCUUCUCCUUUUCUUCAUCUACUGUUUUCUUCUAAAGUAGCGUGCAGUUUGACCUGUUGUGAUAGUCUCUCAUGUUCAAGCAACUAAAACACUGUUAUAUGCACACCUGCUGAGGUAUUAUUCUAAGCUCUAUUCCAAUCAAAUGACUCAGUGUCUUUUUUGAGGCAGUGUCUUCUCUAGGAAGAUUUUUGCUCAUAGGUUGCACAGUAGACUCUAUUCUGGAUGUCUGAAGAGAACCGUAAACAUUUCUGCCCUUCAACUGAAGAUUGGUUGAUAUUUUUCAUAGAGUGUAUUUUUCUCAGUUGCUAACACUCGCUGUCUGCAGCAAAACAUGAAGGUGAACCUGUGUGUUUUUCUACUUAUCCCCUGUCUGAAUAACAAGCGUGUUGGGGUGACAGACUGAGGAACCUAAUGAUCGUCAACCUUGACAUUGCUUCCAAAUAGGCCCUUGUGUUUAAUUACAUUAAACAUACGUGUAGCAAUUUUUAGUUCUAUCCUAGAUUCAGAGAGCCAAGUUUGCUGGCCUUGGACAGCAGCUGUAGGCAUGUUCCUCUGUUAAAUAGGUGGAGGGCAGCUUAUUGUAGUUCAGAGUUAUUCCCUAAACAGGUUCAUGACCAGAGUUCCCUCAGUGACUUUAGGGAAUGAGUGCUAAUACUCCUAUCUAUUGCAAUUAUGUGUAAUAGGCGUAAAGUGUGUGUAUAUAUAAGCAAGCAUUAAGAAGAAGACAUGGUUGCUUAUCUUAUGGUAAGCAUGUACGUUUCGUAACCAUCCAUGUUAUCUAGCUACUAAGAGAAAAAAUACCUGCUGAUGAAGGAAACUGAAAAGUAAAAUGCCACCAGUGUGUCCCUCAACUUGCAGGCAGAAGCGACUAUAGAGUCCAGAUUAGCUUCUGCAAUGGAGCGUAGGCAACACAUUUUAAAAAUGUGUUAAGUAACAGUAAACUAAGAAGAAAAAUAGUUAUGGUCCUGUAUCUUUUAUUAAUUACCUGCCUUUGGCUACACUGUAUAUUUAGUGUCUUUCAGCAUAUUGUAGGUGGGAGCUCUAGCACAUUAGCACACAGACUCUUAAAAUAGGUCUAUGCUCUCAAGGGUUGCAAGCUGCCACUUUGCUAAGGUGUGCAAUGAACAGGCUAAAUUUGGAAUAAAUUUCAUGCAAAAAGCUAUGUACAUCUGCAUGGGGAAAUGUAUGUGUUCGGGUGUGUAUAUGAAAUAAUCUUUAUUUUUGCAGUGGAGUUACAAGUUGGUAUCUUGAGUGCUUAACUGGGUGAAUAUCAUAUAAUAUGGAUUUUUUGUUUAAAUAUAGAAAUGUCUAUUGUGAUACGCUUGAACAAUUGUUAAACAUUAAUAAAAGCUGUAGUUGUUCACUAAACAGCUAAAGCUAGUAAUGAAGUUUUAAUGUGCCAGCAUGAUAUACAGGCAUACAGUCA